CAACCUCACAUAUUAAAUCCGCUUUAGCGUUUCUUCUCUGUUGCCCAUCGUUUUGAUACCACACGUGUUAGCGAAAACUUUGCAAAAAAAUGGAUAAACCCGUUGUUUUGGCUCGUGUAAUCAAAGUAUUGGGACGUACUGGAUCCCAGGGACAAUGUACCCAAGUUAAAGUCGAAUUUAUCGGGGAACAAAACCGACAGAUCAUCAGGAACGUGAAAGGCCCCGUCCGGGAAGGAGACAUCCUCACGCUUCUCGAGUCUGAACGUGAAGCGAGAAGAUUAAGAUAGGUUUUUAAGAUGUUUCCAUAAAACAACUGUGGGGGACCAAUUCUGGACGACCAUGGCCUAUUGAUGUAUAAUGUAAAGAAAAGUACCUCAAUAAAUCGGCUCCCACAACU